AAAUAAAAAACUUUGUGCUGAUUCGAAAUAAAACCAAACGAAGCAUUUGCCGCGAAUUUACAAAAUGAAAUUGUUUUUUAGUGCGAUUUCAACGCUUCAGAUUCCUUUUGUCGCAUCAUCCACGGGAUCCGCACCGCAUUUUUGUCCAUGCCUGAGCGUUGCCGUCCCUCCCACCAACCCUAGCAACAGAGUGAACAUGGCGGCGUCUGGCAACGCAGAACAAUCACCAGAACUAUCUAGGCCGUUAAAGAUACCGAAAACAGAGGUGCCAUCCCCAGAGUCGGAGGAUUUGAGUGACAGUAACCAGUACCACUCCGGCCCCUCCACACCCAACCGCUUCUCGCCGUUGAACGUGGGCUCCGGGGCCGCUGCACGGACGGUGGCCUCAUCCUCCAACAACUACACUGCUUGUCGGGGUAUGUCGUGGACCCCUUCCGAAACGAACGCCCUCAUCGCGGUGUGGGGAAACGAGAGGCUGACGGAAGCCAAGAUGCAGCAGUUGGAAGUCGCGGGCACCAUGUUUACUGGUAAAGCCCCGGGCCCUGCCAUGUACGAGCGGGUGUCCAGAGCCUUGUCGGAGUUGGGCUACGAGAGGACCCCGUCUCAGUGCCGGGAGAGGAUGAAGACACUUCGCCGUUGCUACAGUCGUGUGAAGGAGCAUGGCAUUGGCAAGAGGAAGAGCAGCUACACUAUUGAGCAACUGGAGAAGGUGUUUGGUCAGGGAGGCUGGGAUUCUCAGACCUGUGCGCCAGUGCUGAUCAACAGCAGUGGGCUUUACCAGGAGAUGGAGUCUGAUGGCAGUACCUUGGAAGACUUCUCACAGGAGGACUGGUGCAACCAGGUACUUGAUUCAGCCUUCCAGGAGGGAGACAUGGACGCUGAAGAAAUACAUAUGCCGAAAAGCAGAGCUCUUCAGAUUCAAGCAGAGCUCUCAGAGCAAAUCCAAAAAAAGGAUAUGAUGCAGACGCUGAUCCGUAUCCUAGAGUCAGUGCAGCUCAAAUGGGAACACUUUCAGACUUGGACCGAGUUUUCACGCCUGCACCUCUCGAACAAGCUCGCCAUCUUCGGCGUCGGCUAUGACACUCGUUGGCGAGAAGAUGUACGUUACCAUUAUGCCGAGAUAAGUUCACAGGUACCACUGGGAAAGAGGCUUCGGGAAUUCUUCAAUCCAGAGAAGCCUGAGGGCAAAACCAUUAUGACCAAAGUUCAGAAGAUGAACUGGAAAAAUGUCUACUACAAGUUUCUGGACAUUACCAUCAGUGAGGCGCGCUGCCUCGAGCUGCACAUGGAGGUGGACUGGCUCCCAGUUUCCCUGUUAAGGGAAGCAGGGUCGAGCAUGUCCACAUCCCACUACCUCCUACCUGGGGAUAUCCCCAAGACAUAUGGACUCUACGCUAUCGGUUAUGAGGCGGCGGCAUCAGGUCGGACGUCUCCCCAAAGUGAUAUUCAGAACUGUAGCUUAGCUCACUGUGAGUCAGACAAUUGGGCACCAAGUCAGAUUGAUGGAGACGGGGCAGGGAAUAGUGACAUCACUGGGACUAAAGUCACUUACUGCUACCUUGGUAUUGCUGAAGAUAGGACAAUUCAACAGUGUCUUUUACAAAAUUUUCAGAUUUCCGCAAAACACUACUUCCAAAGUGAGCCCUCCCCGGUGACUCAUUUUUUGCAAGAGAACUGCCGCAGCUGCGUCUUAAAUGAUGAUGUGGGCGGUCGAGCCUUAGCUAGGUGUUUACCCAUUUACAUCAAAUUUAUAGAGGUGGAUCUGGACUUCCUAUCUGCCGGUUCCUUAGUGGAGUGCCUGGAAACUGCUAUUGGUUAUUCUUUGAAGUACAACAACAAUGGACUAUUUUAAUCUCCCACGUUUUGGACACAUUUGUUGAGAAAUGAGUGGGUGCUGCACCAAGCAAAGGUGAUUCGUUCGGUUGUGAUUGGGCCUUAAGACUAAAUUUGAUCAUCCACACUCUGUGCUUAAAUGUUUCGUCAUUCGAAAUUUGAACAUUUAAAAAUCUGCAACUCUUAUUUA